AGCAAGGACGGGGAAAGCGUCACGCUGAGGAACGAACUCUUUCCCGCCCUCCAAAGCCUAGGCUCGGGGCGCGGGAAACCCUUACCGACUCAGGGACGCGCCCGCCGCCGCCGGAGCCCGCCCUCCGCACCACGUGACCGUGGGCACGCCUCUUCCUCCGAUUCCCGGAUGUGGACGAGCCCACUCGCCCGCGCGGAGGGGAGUUGCCAAAGCAAAGGGGAUUUGGCGAUGGAGGCUUUGUUGGAAGGAAUACAAAAUCGGGGACGUGAUGGGGGAUUUUUGACAUCCUGUGAAGCAGAACUGCAGGAGCUCAUGAAACAGAUCGACAUAAUGGUGGCUCAUAAAAAAUCUGAAUGGGAAGGGCAGACACAUGCUUUAGAGGCUUGCUUGGACAUCCGUGAACAGGAACUUAAGUCUCUUAGGAGUCAGUUGGAUAUGAAACACAGAGAGGUUGGAAUGUUGCGUCAGCAGGUGGAAGAACAUGAAAAAGCCAAGCAGGAGAUAGCCAUGGAAUAUAAGCAGGAGUUAAAGAAACUACAUGAAGAAUUAGGCAGACUGAAGAGAAGCUAUGAAAAACUACAGAAAAAGCAAAUAAGGGACUUCAGAGGAAACUCCAAAAACCACAGGGAAGAUCGGUCUGAAAUUGAGAGGUUAACCGGAAAAAUAGAGGAAUUUCGUCAGAAAUCACUGGACUGGGAGAAGCAACGUUUGAUUUAUCAGCAACAGGUAUCCUCUCUGGAGGCCCAAAGGAAAGCUCUGGCUGAACAAUCAGAGAUCAUUCAGGCUCAGCUUGCCAACCGGAAACAGAAAUUAGAGUCUGUAGAGCUGUCCCGCCAGUCAGAAAUUCAGCACCUGAGUGGUAAGCUGGAGCGGGCCAAUGACACUAUCUGUGCCAAUGAGUUGGAAAUAGAGCGCCUCAACAUGAGGGUCAAUGACUUGGUUGGAACCAAUAUGACUGUUAUGCAAGAGCAGCGGCAAAAAGAAGAAAAAUUGAGGGAAUCUGAAAAACUGUUAGAGGUCUUGCAGGAAGAAAAGAGACAAUUAAAGGCAACUCUUCAGUCUCAAGAAAAUUUCAUCCAUGAGGCAAAAGUGCGAAAGGAGAAACUACGAGCAAAAUUAAAAGCAUCUGACACUCAACACACAACAGAGGCCAUAAGGUCACUAGAGGAGUCUCAGACAGAAAGGCGGUACACCUCGCAAGAACAGGACUUAGACAACGUGCUCUCCCAGCUGGAUUUUACCCACACGAGUGAGGAACUUCUGCAGGCAGAGGUGACUCAUCUGGAAAGCAGCUUGGAAUCUGUAAGUACAACAUGUAAACAGUUGAGCCAGGAACUAAUGGAAAAGUAUGAAGAACUGAAGAAGAUGGAAGGACAUAACAAUGAGUACAGGGCAGAGGUUAAGAAGUUGAAAGAACAGAUUUUACAGACUGACCAGAGUUACAGUUCUGCACUAGAAGGAAUGAAGAUGGAAAUUUCCCAGUUGACUCGGGAGUUACAUCAGCGAGAUGUCACUAUUGCUUCUGCCAAAAGUUCUUCCUCUGACAUGGAAAAGCGACUCAAAGCAGAGAUACAAAAGGCAGAAGAAAAAGCCGUAGAGCACAAGGAGAUUUUGGAUCAGUUGGAGUCACUCAAGUUAGAAAAUCGUCAUCUUUCUGAAAUCGUGAUGAAACUGGAAGUGGGUUUACAUGAGGCAAAAGAGAUUUCACUAGCAGACCUCCAGGAGAACUAUAUUGAGGCAUUAAAUAAAUUAGUGUCUGAAAAUCAACAACUACAGAAAGAUUUGAUGGACACCCAAUCUAAGCUGGAGAUUUCUACUCAGAUGUGCAAAAAAAACCAUGACAUGCUCUUAAAACCGACACACAGCAGAGCACCUGAGUUCAAGAAUACAGAGUUCAAGCCAUCCCUUGGCCAGCACAGACGCGAUGGAGUAAAGACGGAGCGCCGCCAAGCAGGUCUCUGUCCUCCACGAGGACAGGCGCCGGAGAGGGUGGGGCCCGUAGCCACGGUCCUCAGCCCCCUGAGUUCUCAUUUCAGCCCUUCCAGCUCCUGCAUCUCUCUGCCUCCCAACUUUCUGUAUAAAGCCCACUCUUUGCCUUCAGUGCUAGAUCCAAAUGAAGCCAUUUUUUCUGAUACUAUCUCUGAGAGUAUAAAUGACCAAGAAGAGUUAAUGUCUUCGAGUCCCUCGCCUGUAUCUCCCCUUGGUUCAAUAGCUACACGAUUUUUGGAAGAGGAGGAACUGAGGUCUCAUCAUAUUCUAGAACGCCUGGAUGCCCAUAUUGAGGAACUGAAAAGAGAGAGUGAAAAGACAGUGAAACAAUUCACAGCUCCAAAGUAGCCUCUUCAGAAAAAUCACAAAUUUGGAAAUAAAAACAAACACCAAAGAGUUACUGUCAUCUGAAGUAGUGGCCCUUUAAAGACACGGAGAUACAAAAAUCAUAGAGCUGUUGUGAAGAAAUCUGAAAAGCUGAUCCUUCUCCAAGGCAUUUCUACUGCACUGGUCUGUUUGAAGGACCUUUCCCAGCAAUAACUUGUAAGAAUAAACCACUUUGCUAGACUU